AACACUUCCUUUCCUGGCUUAGCCAGUUUGAGGACACAGAGUACAGUGGAGCAAAGUGUCCUUAGUCCGUUUACAACUUGUAACCAUGGCCCCCAGCACGCAAGCGGAUGAUACCGAGUCCAGUUUCCGAAAAGGCAUCCGGGCCAUCCUGCUUGGACCGCCCGGUGCGGGGAAAGGGACGCAGGCACCCAGGCUUGCAGAGAAGUACUGUGUGUGUCACUUGGCCACUGGAGACAUGCUGAGGGCCAUGGUGGCAUCGGGCUCAGAGCUCGGUCAGCGUCUAAAGGAAACCAUGGAUGCAGGCAAACUGGUGAGUGAUGAUAUGGUGGUGGAGCUCAUAGACAAUAACCUAGACACACCUGCCUGUAAGAAUGGAUUCCUGCUGGAUGGUUUCCCUCGCACCGUCAAGCAGGCAGAAAUGCUGGAUGGCCUCAUGGAGAAGCGCAGCGAAAAGCUGGACUCUGUGGUUGAAUUCUCUGUUGAUGACUCUCUACUGGUACGCAGGAUUUGUGGGAGGCUUAUCCACCAGCCUAGUGGCCGAUCUUAUCAUGAAGAAUUCAACCCUCCUAAGGAACCCAUGAAGGAUGAUGUGACCGGAGAGCCUCUUAUCCGCCGAAGCGAUGACAAUGAGAAAGCUCUGCACUCUCGAUUAGAGUCCUACCAUAAGCAGACAGCUCCUCUAGUGCAGUACUACAGCGCUCGCGGCCUGCACACAGCUGUCGAUGCGUCUCAGUCGCCCGACCUCGUCUUUGCCUUCAUCCUUGCUGCCUUCUCUGCUGCUACCUGUAAAGAUGUGGUUUAUUUUAUCUAAUCCUUCUCUGAAUUGCCCUUUUCGCUCUUUCUUUUAGGACUUAAUACAGUGAGGGAAAUAAGUAUUUGAUCCCCUGCUGAUUUUGUAAGUUUGCCUACUUACAAACAAAUGAAGGGUCUAUAAUUUUUAUGGUGGGUUUAUUUUAACUGAUAGACACAGAAUAUUAAAAAAAAUCAGGGGAAAAAAAUGUUAUAUAAAGGUUAUAAAUUGAUUUGCAUUUCAGUCAGUGAAAUAAGUAUUUGAUCCCCUACCAACUAGCAAGAAUUCUGGCUCCACAGAUUGGUUAUGUGCCUAUAUGGACCACAGAUUAGUCCUGUCACUUUAAGAAAGUACUCCUAAAUCAGCUUGUUAUGUAUAUAAAAGAUGCCUGCCAACAGAAUCUGUAUCUUCCAGUUCAACCUCUCCAACACCAUGGUCCAGACCAAAUAGGUUUUAAAGGAUGUCAGCGACAAGAUUGGAGACCUGCACAAACCUUGAAUAGGCUACAGACAGAAGCUUGGUGAGAAGGAGACAACUGUUGGUGUGAUUAUUUGGAAAUAGAAGAUAUACAAAAUAACUAUCAAAUGCCCUUGUUCUGGAGCUCCCUGCAAUAUUUCCCCAAUGGGGUAAAGAUGAUCAUGAGAAAUGUUAAAGAUCAGCCCAGAACUACACGGAAGAAGCCUGUUAAUGAUUUCAAGACAGUUGGGAACACAGUUAGCAAGCAAAACAUUGGUAACACAUUGGUAACACGCUAUGCCACAGUAGACUGAAAUCCUGAAGCACCCGCAAGGUCCUCCUGCCCAAGAAGGCCCGCCUGGCUCGUCUUAAGUUUGACAAUGAACAUAAAAAUGAUUCAGAAAAGGCUUUGGCGAAAGUGCUGGCACUGCUGUGAGACCAAAAUGGACUCCUGUGUUUGGAGGGAGAGAAAUGCUGACUAUGAGCCCAAGAACAUCAUGUCUACAGAGAAGCACAGUGUUGGAAACAUUCUGCUUUAGGGCUUUUUCUCUGCUACAGGUAUACAGGAUGACUUCACCGCAUUGAGGGGCUGAGGGACGGGCCCAUGUACCGUAAAAUCUUGGACGAGAACCUCCUCCCCUUAACUAGGUCACUGAAGAUGGGUCAUGGAUGAGCCUUUAACAUGACAAAGACGCAAAACAUAUUGCCAAGACAACCAAAUAGUGGCUUAAGGAGAAGCACAUUAAAUGUCCUAGCCAGUCUCUAGACCCUAGUCCUAUAGAACCUCUGUGAAGGAGGCUAAAACUCCAAUUUGCUGAGCGACAGCCAAGAAACCUUAAAGAUUGACAGAGGAGUGGACUAAAUGUAUCCGGACACAUGUGCAAACCUGGUGACCAACUAUCAGAAAUGUCUGACCUCUGUGCUUGCCAACAAGGGUUUCUCCACAAAGUACAAAGUUAUGUUUUGCUUGGGGAUCAAAUACUUAUUUCACUGACUGAAAUGCAAAUCAAUUUAUAACCUUUAUAUAACAUUUUUUUCCCCUGAUUUUUUUUAAUAUUCUGUGUCUAUCAGUUAAAAUAAACCCACCAUAAAAAUUAUAGACCCUUCAUUUGUUUGUAAGUAGGCAAACUUACAAAAUCAGCAGGGGAUCAAAUACUUAUUUCCCUCACUGUAACAGUCUCCUUGUGCAUUGACACUCGGAUUCUUUUCAAGUUUUUUCAUGAAAAAAAUCAUUUUGAUCUCUGCUUCCUGAUGUGCACUGGGUAACAAAUCUUUCUUAACAAACAGCCUCUGAAAUAUUGAACAAUGAUUGUAGUUUCCAAGCUAAAUGUAAUUGCUUAUUUACAUGACGUGUAUGUGACAGUAAGUAAUAAGUCAUUUGGAUACAUUUUCCAUAUAAUGGAGGUUCUGUAGCACUUUUUUCUUUAAUCAGUAUCAACUGUAAAAAUGUUAUUUGCACUUGAUAGUGAAGUGUAAUUUUGUUUACAUCGCAAAGUGAAUAUAUUAAAGCCUAUCUGUUGGACUUGG